UCAUAAGGGUAGGAAAACUGGUUUAGUUACACAUAUUUCAUGGAGGAAUAAUCACAAGUGCUCAUCAUCAUCAUCAUCAGUGUUGCUUCAACCAGAAAGACGAUUUCUUUAUUUUUGCAUGCUCAUUUAUACAUCGGGUUAUUUCAGGAAAUAACUUUAUGAAGGUCUCUGUACCGAAAUGUUGCUCCCAAUAAAUGUCCUCUAAUUGCAAGCACAGAAGACAGUUUGCAGGAGUUCUUUGUUCAGUUAUUGUCGGCCUGUCUAUCUGCAGGUAUGCAAAAGUUCAGUGGAGCUCUACGGCACAGAGGAAUAAGAUAUAUCAGACCUUAGAUUUUUUUUUCUUUUCAUGGGAUUUAUUGACAACAAGAAAAAUAGAGUAUGAUAUGAUCAGAAAAUAUCUAAAUAGGCAAAUUAAUGCAUUCUGAAUUUAACUUACAGUCGCUACAAACAGCACUAACUGUGAUGAACUACUGAUAGAAGACUUGUUCUAAAUCAAUUAGUCCUUAAGAUAAAAGAGAAUAUUUAAUUUCAGAUAUCCCUCUGGGCUUAAUUUAAUGUAAUAAGGUCAAAGUCAAAUUUCUGUCUUUUAGAAAAAGAGCAAAUCUAUUAUAAUUACAUCUAUGGACUUGCAGCACAUAGGGCAUCCUUUUCCAUUGAGAGAGAGCUUAAUGGCCAGAGGCAGGAGAAGGUUAUGACCUCCACAGGACUGACCUGAAGAGCAAAGCUACAGAUAUCAAGGGCCUCGUAAUGACAAAACUCCUCUGUUUGAUUGAACUUUUCUUUGUUCUUAAACAAUUAUACUCAUUGUCAACCUCUUUGUGUGACACUGUCAGCUAUCAUGUAUUUUUAUUUAGAUUGUUAUGUUCUGGCAAUCACAUUCCGUCAAACCACUGACCUCUGACAACUGCUCAAUCAAUCUCCAUCCCUGGGAGCAGAUAUUUCACACACAUCUAUAUAGUGUUGUGAACUUAUUAGACUCAUUUAACCAUAGUAUUGCUGUGAUGCUUUGUUACUACCUCUGUGGUCAGAGGGCACCACUUUAACUGCUGUGGGUUGUGUGGGAACUAGCCUACAGACAGUUAACCUUGACCACAUGUUCCAACACUCCAAAUGGACCCUUUAAUGAUAACCCAGCAUAAUGACUGACUAGUCUUUGGAAGGAAUGUACUAUGAACAUACACUGCUGCUUUUUUGGAUUUGUUUUUUAAGCUCAAUGCACGUUUUUUUGUCAUGUGCAGAAAAUCGCUUACAUUAACUUCAGCAUGUGCCUGGCAUGAAGUGAUAUAUGGUUGAAGUGAACAGUUUAAUGGCUGCCCACUGUCCUGCUCAAUAAAUACACUUCUUUUUCAGCCAUCCCUUUACUUUGCAGUUCAUAUGAUCCAACAGUAAAUACUAUCCUGUAAAAAUGAGUGAUUCAUAUCAUGAGUCAAGUAUUUAGGACAGGGGAGGAAGUGCGCUGACAUUCCUAUGCGGAGGAAACUGUUAGACAUGUCAUGACAUCAGUACUGACAGAUUUGCAUGGUUUUGUUACAAGGUAUAAAUCACUAAGAAGAGAGGUUGUUCUGCUUAUGGCUAAAUUAGAGAGUGCAGGACUGUUACUGACCCAAACAUUAAGUGUGCUGUUUUUCUCUACAUGGCAACCAGCUUACUUUUAUGACAUGACUGAAACAAAAAGGCCUCAUUAAUCAAUUGGCUACUAUUACUAUAAAGCUAACAUGUGGACUCAAAACUAAAGCAGAUAUUUACAUGACAAUUAAUAUUGACUCAAUUAAUAGUCAAGAGGUCACUGAAUGAAUCAGUAAGCUGUUCAAUUGUGUCUUUUUCUAGCAAAUUGUAUCCUGGUAUGAAUGAACUGCUUUGUGAAAAAUGAUGACAACAAUGAUUGGCCUUGACUUUCUUUAUAAGCAGCCACAUCUAUUUACUUUUUUUCAUAACAUGUUCAGUGGUAAACCACUGAAACAUCUUUAAUGUUGUAGAAUAAACCUCAACACACCUCUAUGAUUAAUAGCCAACACUGUGACAGAUAUUUUGUGAAUAACACUUUCGAUGUGGAGCUGUGCUUGCUGAAAUACCCGGGGCACUGUUUCAACCCGACAACUGAGGUUUUAUAGCUGUCGUGCACACUGAAAGGAAUUAUAGCAGCCAACUAUACGUAAUAGCCAGUAAUUUCAGACAGAGUGAUUCACAAUUGUUGUGUCAGUAGGCUUGCUGUUUUCAUGCUUUGUUUUUAACAUGUUGGAUGAGAUCUCAGACACUCUUACACCAUGUCACCAAAACUUCAGAAGUGUGUUUCACUCAGGUAUGUUUCUACAGUACAUGCUGACAGACGAUAACGACAGCUCAUACUAAACCUGACUAUACCUCAGGUCGAAGUUGUUUUUUUGUGCGCAAAUGUUCAAAUGAUUCCUAAAGACUUGUCUCACUCUGUUUGUUCACCAAAGAGGAAAGUGUGACUCAGAGACGAAGGCUGAGCAUCUCCUUCUCUUGUGGUUCUCUGAUACAAUUGGCCACGACAGGCAGCUCGGUGCUGACAGCAUAGAUCAGAAAUGAUAGAUUGACAGGAAUCUGCUGGGCAACUCACUGUCCUGCAGUGACACAAGCCAGAGUCCAGUGCACCGAAGAAAACCGUUGGGAGCCCCUGGAUUUCUAAACGCCCCAGACAGCAUUUUUGUAAGGAGAAUUCACACACAAAAAAGAACUAUUGAUCAUUAUACUUUAAGUAGUAUAUUAGUAUGUAAUAAUAUACUAUAAAGUAAGGUUUAACGUUUCUAUUAAUCUUAUCAAGCAACACUAUUUUGUACUGUUGCAAUAAAAGAGUAUGACGAAUAGAAUGACUGCCAUAAAAUGACCACAGAUUGGCAUUGCACAGUUGAUAACAGAUUUUUACAGACAUUAACUGUUCCUAAGGGAUUAUGGUUUGACAAAUAGCAGCAAAGAACCUUUUUUGGACUGGAGGCUUUUUAUUGAGGUGAGAAAAUUCCAUGGCAGACACCAAAAACAUGCAUUAACAUACCACUGCAAAGCCAAGGUUAGCGAACCCGGACCAUACUCACUUAUUACCCCUAACUACCCCUUUGGAAAUAUACAUCUAUAACGUUUGGCACACAGACCUCUAAUAACAAACGGCUAACAACCAGUCAUUAUGGGGGCUUGAGCAGGAGAUUUACAAAUCUUAGGUUCAGCAGCGUUGGACAGGCUCCCCUUGCUUGAAAAUGGUUAUUCCAUCAAGGGCAAGGCGAGCUGCGUGAUAAAAUCUUGUGAUUUAUUCCGGCGGCUGAUAAUUACUGGUGUCUUGUCACCUGUCAAAAAUGAAUGGACGGGGAGAGUCCGAGGCCGUAGUCUUCAUGCUCUUUACACCACAGCAGUAAAUCUGACAUGUUUGUAAAGCCAUAAAUCACAGCUUGUGAUAAAGCCUACACACUCCCUUGGAGCUGAGCGGUGUGGGCUGAACAUUUCAAACUGUUUUAUCUAUAAAGGUAUGCAGAAGAUCAGCAGGGUUAUUCAAAAGGUGUGGUAAGUACAGUGGUUUAAGUGGUUAUUUUACAACAUCACAGGAAUGGACCAUCAGUUAACACAAAACAAGAAAGACAAAAAUUAGUGAAACGCUUAAAUAUCGUCAUUGUGGUUCAACAGUUUGUGCACUAUUAACCACUAUAAGACUAUUCACAGUGCUAUACUGAUUUAAAGUUUGCUCAAGUUGUUGUGCCACACAGUGAUCUGAAGAUUUGCACAGUAUUUUUAUAUCUAUUUAAGCAGAGAAGAAAAUUCUAUUUUUUAUAUGAAGUUAUUGAAGUUUGUAUACACCUUGUGUCACCAGGGCUUAAAUUGUGUUGGUGAGAAAUAAUUGACUAAAUGAAAUGUGCGUCUUGCACAGCUCAACUGUCACAUUAAGGUUUAAACUACAGCCUGUGGACAUAAUUACCAUUCGAAAUUGUAGUAAUUGUGCAGAUCUUGGUGGAUUUGUCAGUGUGGGUUAGAUUUGAAUUCAGAAAACAUGAGCACUGUGUGGAAUGCAAGGUUGACUUAUGAUUGGCUCUGGGGGCCUGGUCAAGAAAAAAAAAUCAUUCUCUCCUUAAUUAAAAAUGCAUGAGGUAGACCUUCAGUAUAAUAGAAAAUAUUGAGACAGAUCUUGGAAAUAAUUAAAAUAUGUUCAUUUUGCACUACUUUUGUAGCAAUGCAAAUUAUGCCAAACCUCAGGGGUAUCAAAACAUCCGCAGUACUCUGCAAUGACUAUACAUAUAUAUAAUAUGUAAAUAAAAACUUCAAAAUGAGUGAAUAAUCCAAGUGAGCGCUGAUCUCCCGGACACAACAGUAAAAAGGCUAGACUAAACAUUCCCACCUCAAAUCAAUAGUUGUGCUUUUAGAGCUGAAACUGGGCUGUAAUUGUUUAAAAGGUUGGCGUCUCAGAGACGCAACACAUACAAUAAAAAGAAGAGGGCAGGAAGGAAGCAAUGCUUCUCAACGACCCCCAGUUCAGUGUCUGAGGGCCUACCCUUUAGUUACCUGACCCGUUGCACUUGGCCAGAAGCCUAGCUAAAGGUCAGUGCAAUCACCUUUCACUGUCCACCGCAAUAUCUGACACAUAGAUCUUUCAUGCGGAUGCAGGUCUUUCUCUCUUUCCACUGUUCAAUUUAACAAGAGCUGUAAAUAAAACAUAAGAAUCUCUUUCUAUUUUGUAUCUAAUAGGCAUUUGUUUAAAAAAUGACAUGAAACUCAUCACCUUACAGGAUCAAUCAUUAAAACAAUGUUUAAGCAUUUUUGUAUUGAAACAAUCUCAAUUUUAUCCGUAUGGAACCCCAUCUUCACUUGCAAAAGAUUAUGAAAGUUCGAUAGCCUAAGCCAGCAGCAAUUGCAGGUUCUAAUUGUAAAAUAUUUGCCCUUGUUUUUUCCCUCUCUUUGAAGUCUAGGGCUCGCUCUGCUCUUGUCCUCAGGUGCUGCCCAGGCCUGAUUUAUGGGGAUGGGUUCCAGGGAAGCUCCUCUAAAUUACAUGGCCCUUAAACCUGAGCAGAGAGAGACAGAGAGAGGGAGAAUCGCCACUCUAGAGACAACUAAUUGCAAGGACAAAUCUAACCUACGGUAGAUAAGAAGGUUCCUCUCUUCCCAGACCUGAGAAAAGGGGAAACACGUAUAACAGAUUGGGCCCCUUGGAUAAAUGUGUCAAUUUGCCAUGAAUGUCCCUGAGACUGACACUCAUGGAACAUCUCUUCAUGGAAAUCACAUGUAACUAGAUUCCGGGAUUACAGAAGUGUUACAAAGUGAAAAACAGUCUGACUAAUUCCUUUAUAAAGGUGCAAAAAGAAAUGUAAAGUUAAUUGCUAUUUUUAAAAAAUGAGUGUUUUGCUUAUGUUUUACACUGACGUGAAGUGUUGAAACUCUUCUGUGAGAUCCUGUAAGUGAUGUGAGGGAGAGUCAGAGUAGGAGGAGGAGGUGACAGUGCCAUUUGCCUGGAGGGUGCCCAUAAACCUGGAGAGGGAGAGAGAGUGCAUCAUUCCUCACAGGUGACUGUACCAUGUGACUUCCAGAGCUUUAAAAAGCAGGCCAACCUGUCUUGUUGAGGUACAAGUAAUCACAAGGCAGAGGAGGAGUUGGAGGAGGAGAAUACCUGGGCUGUCGGCACAGCAGCAAAUACCGACAGCCCCACAAAUCAAGCCGAGGAGCACUCAAGGAGUGUGUCCAGUAGCUGAAGCAGCCUGCAAACACAGCACACUGUGCAGAUCUUCACAACAACUACAAUACAAGUACGAAGAUUUUACUCUGAAUUGUCUAGUGUCCACGUUAUUGAUACAAUGAGUUGUAGCAGUGUUGCAGAAUCAGAGUUCUCUGAGGAAGAGCUGGAGCUUGGCACGCUGGACCAAGGUGAGGAUGAGGGAAGUCCCAAGCCUUCUUUCCAAGACAGUGAGAGCUCAACCAGCAGCCCAAGUGACCCAGAGGAAGGCCAGACCAAAAAGCGCAAUCGACCCGUCCGCUCCAAAGCUCGACGGAUGGCUGCCAACGUCCGUGAGCGAAAACGCAUUAUGGACUACAACCAGGCCUUUAAUGCCCUACGAGUUGCUCUGAACCAUGACCUCAGUGGCAAACGGCUCUCCAAGAUUGCCACACUACAGAGGGCCAUCAACCGCAUCUCUGCUCUUUCAGUAUUCCUGAGCACGAACCCCCCCAGCAAGCCCUGCACCCACCGGGAAUGCAACAGGUCAUCUGCAGGACCGGCUGCGAUGGGAGCAUCUCGACUUGAGCAGACCAGGGUGACGGUUCCUCGUCUGGAGCAUCAGAGUUACGUCCCCUGGCAUGCGUCCAUCUCUCACCAGAUGCAGCCACAACAAGGGCCCCACGUGCACAGGCUGUCCUCAGAACCACACGUCUACAUGGAUAACAGUGUGUCGUCAUGUCCCCCAUCACCACACUACCCUUGUUAUCCCACUGAGGGACAUCUUUAUGCCUCACAUGGACACUGCGGCAGCCCCCAUGACCACCCGCCAAGUCCUCUCCGAUACCCUCAGGUGGGUGAGGGGUUGGGGUACCAGCCAGGGAUGUGGGCCUCCUGCACUCAGGGAUACAUGGACACUUUUGUGGAGCCGUCUCCAGCUUUGGGGCUCCCUUGGCAGGUGAGCUACUUGCAGGAGCCAGAGCACAGCCUCCCUCUGUGCUCUGACAUACUGUAACAGGCUAUGUCCACCACUGUGAGCCCUGAAGACUGCUGAUAACACCACUGGACUGUUGAGUGAUCUCAGGGAGAAAACCGAUGUGAGGUUUUUGUGUUUCUGCUGUUGCAAUAAACUCAGUAUUACAGUAACACACUCUAAUUGUAGAGCAGUCAUCUAAAUGUAAUUGACAGAUGUAAAUAAAAGUACAAUGGCAAUCCAAACUGCAGAAUGUUGUACAUAUUUUGAUCUUGCAUUUCAAAAUAUUACAUCUAAUGAAUGUUUCACCGUCUGCUGUAGAUAAUUCACCCACAGAAUUGUGUUCUAGUCAUUUAAUUGUCAUCUUCUUGACUUCAGCAAAAGCUGAAUUACUGAAAAUGAUGUGACAUUACUAAAUGUGUGAUGUUAAACGGAGCUGAGUAAGCCCAUAAAGAACAAUAAGUAGACUAGUCAACACAGGCUACAUAGCUUACAUAUGUGCUAUACUAUUAUGUAACUUGUUCCUACAGUAUGUUCGCUUUCGAAGUGGAAAGUGCAGCUUAAUGAAAUGUGACCCAAAAUUCAACAUUUGUUAUGUCAUGUAUUUAUUCUCUGUUCUGUAUAAAAAGACAUGGCUGUUUGUAAAGUUGUAAAAAGUCUGUACAUCAUUUUCUAAUCUUCAAAAUUAAAUGUUAAAAUUAUAUUUUAACAGA